AGCCAGAGCUCAAGCGUGGCUGCUUAAGGAGGCUGGGGGAGGUUGCAACUCUUUUUGUGGGUGCAACCCCCCCUUUUGUGACAAAGGACCUCUCCCCACCCCAGUCGAUGCGCUUGGACAUCUUCCCGUGAUCUAGUGGACUCCAGAGGUGUCGAACGACAGCUGGACGCCACGGCCUGGGGAUGAGGCAGGCCUCUUUUCCUCAUGAAAGACCCUUCCCAGGGAUGGACGGUCUCAGCGAGAACUCCUUGGUUCCCUGUGGGCGAGACAAAUACAUCUCCAGGAACGAGCUGUUGUUGCACCUGAAGACGUACAACCUCUACUACGAGGGGCAGAACUUGCAGCUACGGCACAGAGAGGAAGAAGGAGAAUUCAUAGUGGAGGGCUUGCUGAAUAUUUCCUGGGGGCUGUGUCGGCCAAUUCGCUUGCAGAUGCAGGAUGACAACCAGCGCAUCCGCCCGCCCCCGUCCUCCUCUUCCUGGCACUCCGGCUGCAACCUGGGAGCCCACGGGUCUGUCGUAAAGCCAACCACCUUGCCUGACAUUCAGGUCACGGAUGCGGAACCUUCCUCUGACAGCGAUUGGACUGAGGGUGUAAAUGAUAACAAAGAUCUCAAGGCCCAACAGGAAGAGACGCCGCAGCUGAUGCGGACACGAAGCGAUGUCGGCGUGCGUCGGAGAGGAAACCUCCGCACCCCGAGCGAGCAAAGGCGGAUCAAGCGCCACCGCUUCUCCAUCAACGGCCAUUUCUAUAAUCACAAAACGUCAGUGUUCACGCCCGCUUACGGCUCCAUCACGAACGUCCGAAUCAACAGCACAAUGACGACGCCCCAAGUUCUGAAGCUGCUGCUCAACAAAUUUAAGAUUGAGAACUCUGCUGAAGAAUUUGCACUGUACGUUGUUCACACCAGUGGAGAAAAACAGAAGCUCAAGGCUACCGACUACCCGCUGAUCGCUCGGAUACUGCAGGGGCCCUGCGAACAGGUGUCCAGAGUGUUUCUGAUGGAGAAAGACCAGGUGGAAGAAGUCACCUAUGAUGUUGCUCAGUAUAUUAAAUUUGAAAUGCCUGUUUUGAAAAGCUUCAUCCAGAAGCUCAAAGAGGAAGAAGACCGGGAAGUGAAGAAACUGAGACGCAAGUAUUCAGUCCUGCGUUUAAUGAUUGAGCAACGGUUAGAAGAAAUCGCCGAAGGGCCGGCCACAAUGUGAAGGCUUCCGACUGCAGAGGAGGGCUGAAGCAAAAAGCCGAGGGGCGUCUUGCGGGAUACCUGUUUACCUGACAGAGAGGCUCCGGUGGACCAAGACGGCUCUUCCUGUCCAGAAACUGAAUGAACCUGAACGCACCAAACUCUCUUUCACUGCUGCCUUUCUUUCCUCCCCAGUUCCUGAAGGUGGACACCGUGGAGCUUCCAUGGGUAGGAGCAGUAUAGCUCUGAAUCCAGGUGUUGGGGGCAGAUGUUUUCCCCAGAGGCACCUUGCUGGCUUUUGGGUGGAAAUGAGGACGCUGGGUUCACGGGGAAUUUCAGUCGGGUUCAGCCACGUGAUCCUUCGACUCUAACAGGGUCUUUAUGUUGCUGGUUUGAAUGGUUAGGAUUUUAUUUUGAGCUGGGGAGGCUUCAAAUUUGGCUGUUCUUACCCCGGCUUAAUCGUAAUGGCCGUGACCGUCAUAAUUUCCUUUCCCUCCUGUUUUACUGCCUAUGCUUUUGCAUGGUUUCAUUUUUCCUUUUUUCAAAGCAGCCUCUCAACUAGGGCCUAACCGCCCUCCUCCCCAGGCCUCUGUGUCUACCUCAUCCUGCUGAAUUUGGGGGUUGGCCCUUCUCCCAUUCCUUUCAUUGUCCCCCCCGUUUUUCUAGGCAGGGCUGGCCCAAGACAUUUUGCCGCCCGAGACAGAGAGGUGAUGGAACCUCCACCUCAAGGUACACAAGUACCCAAAUCCAGCCGAGUUAUUUGGGCACACUGAGCCGGAAAAGCAGACAGGUGCCUUUCCCCGCUCCUUGGCAGUGAAAACAGAAAUAAUAACAAACAGGAAGUCCAGAAUCCUUGUGGUAGACCCACCCGUUGGACUAACAGGGCAUACUUCAGUCUUGAUUCACUGUUUAGUGGUUGGUUCACUGGGUCGAUUCUUGUGGCAACUAGGAAGUCGUUGCUUUAGGCCAGAUAGGAUCAUUUGCUUUUGACAAAGUGAAAAAACAACCACCUCAAAGGUUUCCAUGCUAGAAAAAGAGAGUGAAGCGGAUCCUGGCGGAGCCCUUGGUGUGAUCAUUCACACACAUCCCACAUCCCAGGGAGCUGCAUGUUUCCUUUUGCCCAACCACCUCUGCUGUCGGGUUUGGGACAGUCUUGUUCAAGACAGUGAUGUUCCAACUGAGACGUGGGCAGGGAAGGGGUGGCAACCUUCUUCUCCCCCCCCCACACCAUUGGUGUUUGCUCCACAUGGGGUCUUCCCUCCACCCCUAGCCUUGAGCUGCUUUGAGCUAACACAAGGGUCCACCACCUGGGGUCUCCAGAGGUUCUUGGACGGCAGCUCCAGAAGCCUCCACCCACCCUUUGCUGGGCUGGCCAGGAUUUCUGGGGGUUCUGCUCCAAGAAUAUUUGGGGACCCCAGGCUGGGAAGCCCUAAGCUCACAGAAGCAGAACUGUUGUGGGUUUUCCUUGACAGAUGUUUAUGUGUAACACGUUGUUCUGCUCUUUGUGGCUGCCUUGAACUUCUUUCAAGAAAAGAAACAAGAUGCUUUUUCUGUUUGGACCACCCAAACAAAACCGAAGGAUUCCCCUUCGGGUGUCUUGUUCAUUGAGCGGCAAUUCGGACCCUGUUUAACGUAGCCAGAGAAGUCCCAAGAAAGUCUGGGGGGUUUUGUUCAAAGUCAGCAUGUGCCCGAUUGCACUUUCCCCAUCUUUCUUCUACCUAAUCGCAUAACCUGUCUUCGGUUCUAAAAAUUGCACUAGAUGGAUUGUGGAUAAUUUUUUGUUUAACACUCCGGCCUUUUCUCUCUUCUUUUUAGUCCUCUCUAAAUGCCAAAUAUUGCAUGCA